AUGGUGCUGCCCCCCACCUGCCCCACAGCCCUGCUCCAGUCCCGCUCCCGCGCCCCUGGCGCCGUGUCCAGGCCCCGCGGCCCUGCCGUGCAGGGUAGGCCCUGCAGCGGCCGGAGCCCCGGCGCCCACGCGGAGGUGGCCCGGCUGUCUCCAGGGGGAAACACAGCUGCUGCUUUUGAGUCAGAAACAAAAAAAAGGGGAACCGAAAGGGUGGGGUUGGCCGGCCCCGUCCUUCCUCCCUGCGUGACCGACCCCACCGUGCCUCCCUGCCUUCCGGCUACCACAGCUACCCCAACCCGCCGGGCUGGGCCGCUCGGGGCGGGCGAGGGGCGGCGGGCGCAGUGGGACCCUGGCUGGCCGGAGCGGUGGCGGGAGGGCUCGCAACCCAGCAAGCACGGCGUGAAGGAGGCUGGUGGGGCCAACAUGGCCAGCGUCAUCCUGGAGAGUAUCUUCUUAAAGCGCUCGCAGCAGAAGAAGAAAACGUCUCCCCUCAACUUCAAGAAGCGCCUGUUCCUGUUGACAGAGAGCAAGCUGUCCUACUACGAAUAUGACUUUGAGCGGGGGCGCCGGGGCAGUAAGAAGGGCUCAGUGGACAUUGAGAAGAUCACCUGUGUGGAGACGGUGGUGCCUGAAAACAACCCUCCCCCCGAGCGGCAGGUCCCGGGGAGAUGCCAGCAGCUGAGCAGCAGGAUGUCAGCAUGCAUCUCUGCCUCUGUCUUCCAGAGGAAGGGAGAGGAUUACAACAACAUGGAGCAGAUCUCAAUCAUAGAACGGUUCCCCUACCCCUUCCAGGUGGUAUAUGAUGAAGGGCCCCUCUACGUCUUCUCUCCGACAGAGGAGUUGCGCAAACGCUGGAUCCAUCAGCUGAAGAGCGUGAUCCGAUACAACAGUGACCUGGUACAGAAGUAUCACCCCUGCUUCUGGAUUGACGGCCAGUACCUGUGCUGCUCCCAGACAGCCAAGAACGCCAUGGGAUGCCAGAUCCUGGAGAGCAGGAAUGGCAGUUUAAAAGCUGGACGAUCGCAUCGCAAGACAAAGAAGCCUCUUCCCCCCACUCCUGAGGAGGACCAGAUGGUGAUGAAGCCCCUGCCCCCCGAGCCAGCCCCCAGCACAGCAGGCGAGAUGAAGAAGGUGGUGGCCCUCUACAACUACCUGCCAAUGAAUGCACAGGACCUGCAGCUACAGAAGGGUGAGGAGUACUUCAUCCUGGAGGAAAGCCAUCUGCCCUGGUGGAAAGCCCGUGACAAGAAUGGGAGGGAAGGAUACAUCCCCAGCAACUAUGUCACUGAAACCAGCAAUUCCCUGGAGAUCUUUGAGUGGUACUCAAAGAAUAUUACUCGGAGCCAGGCAGAGCAACUGCUCAAACAGGAGGGUAAGGAAGGAGGCUUCAUUGUCCGAGACUCCACCAGCAAGACAGGGAAAUACACUGUCUCCGUAUAUGCCAAGUCCUCUGUAGACCCCCAAGGCAUGAUCCGUCAUUAUGUUGUAUGCUGCACCCCCCAGAAUCAGUAUUACCUGGCAGAAAAGCACCUGUUCAACAGCAUCCCAGAGCUCAUCACCUACCAUCAGCACAACUCUGCCGGGCUCAUAUCCAGACUGAAGUACCCUGUGUCUCAACACCAGAAAAGUGCUCCUUCCACAGCUGGCCUCGGCUAUGGGUCGUGGGAGAUUGACCCAAAGGAUCUGACCUUCCUGAAGGAGCUGGGGACAGGGCAGUUUGGCGUGGUGAAGUACGGGAAAUGGAGAGGCCAGUACAAUGUUGCUAUCAAGAUGAUCAGGGAGGGCUCCAUGUCAGAGGAUGAGUUUAUUGAUGAAGCCAAAGUCAUGAUGAACCUGUCUCAUGAGAAGCUGGUGCAGCUCUAUGGGGUCUGCACCAAGCAGCGUCCCAUCUUCAUCAUCACUGAGUACAUGGCCAACGGCUGCCUCCUGAACUUCCUGAGGGAAACUCGGCGGCGGUUCCAGCCUGCUGAGCUGCUGGAGAUGUGCAAGGACGUCUGUGAAGCUAUGGAGUACCUGGAAUCCAAGCAGUUCCUGCACCGAGACCUGGCUGCUCGCAACUGUUUGGUGAACGACCAAGGAAUUGUGAAAGUAUCAGAUUUUGGCCUUUCCAGGUAUGUUCUAGAUGACGAGUAUACAAGCUCCAUGGGGUCAAAGUUUCCAGUGCGGUGGUCUCCCCCCGAAGUGCUUCUGUACAGCAAGUUCAGCAGCAAGUCUGACGUCUGGGCUUUCGGUGUUCUGAUGUGGGAAGUUUACUCUCUGGGAAAGAUGCCUUACGAGAGGUUUAAUAACAGUGAGACAACAGAGCAUGUCAUCCAAGGCCUGCGCCUGUACCGGCCGCAGCAGGCCUCGGAGCGGGUCUACGCCAUCAUGUACAGCUGCUGGCACGAGAAGGCUGAGGAGCGCCCCACCUUCACCACGCUGCUGGGCAGCAUCCUGGACAUCACGGAUGAGGAACCCUGACCCUCGGCUGGGCCGGCCCUGACUGCAGACCCCUGCCUGGUGCUGGUGGCUGAUGCCUCUGGGCUGGUGCUGCCCUACCGCCUGCUGGGACGGACCUGCGUACCUAACGCUACUGCAGCGCCGCUGUCACGGACAUGGCACCGGCCACCCCCGGGCAAGCAAGGGUCUGAGGGGCCCUCACGGCCGCCACCGCAGCCCGUCACCGGCAGGGCCUCUCGCAGCCAAGGACAGAGGCGGGGCCCCGGCCAGCCCCGGGGCCGGGCUUCGCAGGCGGCGGCGGG